UAAUUUGUCAUUAGUCAUUGAUUAACACAGAAUUUACUUCUAUACUUUUAGGGAUCGUGAUUGAUGCUAAAAUAAGCAUACGAACAAUAAGCAAUAAAUCAGCUGCUUCAAAAGAAUGGCAGCGAUUGCGAGAAUCUCACAAGCGAACGUUGUGCAAGCCACGAGGAAACAUACAGCUACUGUAUUUUUCUUCCAUGGUUCCGGUGGCACAGCAGAGGAUUUAAAAGAAUGGGUCGAUAUUGUUAACAGAGAAAAGCUGCAGUUUCCACACAUAAAGUUAAUUUACCCUAGCGCGCCCAGCCAGCCUUACACACCUAUCAACGGAAUGAUGCAAAAUGUAUGGUUUGACCGUAUAGCGAUAUCUAAUCAAGUGCCAGAAUGUCUAGAAUCAACCAAUUCCAUGUGUCAAAAUGUAUCAGAAUUGAUUGACAAAGAAGUAGCUGACGGAAUUCCAUUUAGCAGAAUAGUUCUGGGUGGAUUUUCGAUGGGUGGCUGUCUAGCGUUACACUUAGCAUACAGAUUUCGACCUGCCGUUGCUGGCUGUUUUGCUAUGUCUUCCUUUUUGAACAAGGGAUCUAUAAUCUAUGAGCAUUUGAAAAUGAAUCCAGAAAAUGGUAAA